AUGGCUGAAUUGUACAAGGAAGUAGCCGGUCAGCGAUUGGAGGUGAUCCAAGAGUUUGCCAUGGAGCCGUGGGAGCGCCGCAUCCCUGUUCUCUGCUAUGCCGAUCGAGACAAGGCGACACAACUGACCAGGAAGGCGCGAGGCGUGGUCGUCUCGACGAGCUCUUCCGAGAGAGGAGGAAUUGUCGGCAUGGGGGGCUGCGUGGAGUACGUGACGGCAAAGGGCAAGAGGGACGUGCUGGUCCGCUACUCGGCCACUCUGGGGCCGCGGGAAGACCUGAAUCCAUACGUAGCAGAGCUGGAGGCAAUCGCAAGAGGGUUCUGGUAUUUGCCGGCGACGCUGCGACACAAGAACGUGACAAUCGUCACCAGCAACAAAUCCGCGGCGCUAGUGAUAGCCCAACCGCGGCAGCAGUCAGGCCAACGCACCUUCGGAGAAGUAUAUGGGCAAGUGAAGCAGCUUCAUCUACAGCAUGUCCCAGUCUCCGUGGUAUGGGUUCCCGCAGGGGCGGAUGGCUUCCCACCCGGCACGGUGGCUAAAGCAGCAGCCCGCGAAGCAACGAAAGAAGGGUGCACCCAAGGGAGAGCAAUCUAUCAAGCACGGGCUACGAGAACAAGGUUGUUGCUCUGCAGGCAGCAGCAGCGGCAGAGAAGGAUACCGCCAGGUGUAGGAAAGUAUUCCCAGCGCAUCGACAUAGCCCUCCCGGACAAGAGGCCAGAAUACUGGUGCAGCUACGAACAGGCAAGUGCAGGCUCAACAGCUAUCUGCACAGGAUCAACGAGGCGAGGGUGA